AUGGCAGCACAUAAUAGAGAUAAUGUAACACCAUCAAGCGUAGUAGAUGAUAGUGAACAGUCAACAAUUGACACAGAUUUCAACAUUGACGAAUCAUCAGUUAUUCAAUCUUCACCAUCGCAUUUUCAAAAUCAAACUAUUCAGGCAAUUAUUUAUAUUUCAGGUUGGUAUUUUUUUUCGCUUUCAAUUUCGAUAUAUAAUAAAUGGAUGUUUGGUAAAGGUCUAGACUUUAAGUUUCCCAUAUUAAUCACUAGUUUUCAUCAAUUUUGUCUUAGUUUAUUAAGUUUAUUAUUAUUAUAUAAAAAUCAUCAAUUGAGGCCGAGUCAUUUAUACCAAGGAAAGAAUAUAAGUAAAUUCUUUUCUAGUUUCUAUCUUAUUGAUUAUAAAGUGUAUAUCAGUCAAAUAUUACCGUGUUCGGUAACUUCAGCUGGUGAUAUUUCAUUAAGUAACAUUUCAAUAUCAAUGAUUUCAUUAAGUUUAUACACUAUGCUCAAGACUUCAAGUUUAAUAUUUGUGUUGAUUUUUGGUUUGUUUUUUAAAUUGGAGAAAUUCAAUUGGAGACUAAUUAUAAUUGUGUUGAUAAUGACGGUUUCUGUGGUUAUGAUGACUGAUAAACCAAACAAUAGUUCAAAUUCAGAUGAUUAUUCGAUAACGGGAAUUACAUUGGUCUUCUUAGCUUCUAUGUUAUCGGGUUUACGAUGGUCAUUUACUCAAAUAUUAUUAAAAUCAAAUCAAUAUACUUCAAAUUCAAUACUGACUAUAUUUUAUAUUUCACCUUUCAUGUGUGUGUUUUUAUUUACACUUGGAUUGAUAUUUGAAGGUUGGAAUAAUUUUAUAUCACAUUCAAUAUGGGAAGAAAAAGGGAUAUUUAAUACUGUUGUGUUGUUAAUCAUACCUGGAAUUCUUGCUUUUAUGAUGACGUUAUGUGAGUUUAAACUACUUACUGUUUCUAAAGUUAUUACUUUAUCUAUUGCUGGUAUUUUUAAAGAAUUAUUAACUAUCAUUUUAAGUUCAUUUAUUUUUGGUGAUCAUUUAAGUUUUAUUAAUAUUAUUGGUUUGACUAUAACGUUCGUAGAUAUUUUAUGGUAUAAUUAUUAUAGAUUUCAACAAUCACUGGAUUAUAUAAAGUUAAAAAAUAUUAGAGAUAAUGUUUAA